AUGUAUGGUGAGAAACUGUGGAGUCAGUGGGAGAGGGUAAAUGCUAUCGUCUUGUCGUGGCUGAUGAAUUCAAUGUCAAAACGUUUGCUCAGUGGAGUUGCAUUUGCUUCAAGUGCAAUGGAUGUGUGGACUGAUUUACAAGAAAGGUUUGAUAGAGUGGAUGGUUCAAGGACCUACAGCUUGCAUAAAGAAAUUACAACUCUGCAGCAGGGGAUAACUUCAGUUUCUGUAUAUUACACAAAGUUAAAAGCUUUGUGGGAUGAAUUUGAGGUGUUAGUACCUGCACUUGGCUGUAACUGUGAGAAGUCCAGAGGCUUUGUUGCUCACAUGAAUAGGCAAAGAUUAUAUCAAUUUUUAAUGGGACUUAAUGAUUCGUAUCAUCAGGCUAGAAGCCAGAUACUCAUGAUAGAUCCACUACCAACUGUUAAUCAGGAUUAUGCCAUGGUAGUAGGAGAUGAAAAUCAAAAGUCUGUUGUUGCAGGCAUCAAUACUUUGGGCCUAAAUUCUUCUGUCUUAGAGUCAGCAACAAUGUACUCUAAAGGUGUUAACAACUCAAGUGCAAAUCAUAAGUUCAAGAAAAAUACACUGCUAGUUUGUGAUUUUUGUAAGUAUAGAGGUUACACUAAAGAAUACUGCUACAAAGUUGUUGGAUAUCCACCAGAUUUUAAGUCAAAGAAGAAGAUACAAAGUGCAAACACUGCAUAUAUUGACUCAAGUACCAGUCAACAACCUGCUCAUGCUCAUUUCUCUUAUGGAUUGAACACCAAUGUAUAUGACAAAUCAGUAUGGGAAAGGAACAUCAAGGAACAGCAUAAUACAGUAGAAGCCACCAUACCUGCUACCACUACUAAUCAAGCUGAAAAGGAUGUGAAACAAUUACUUCAAGGCUGCACAUUUAUAAAAGAUUAG